AUGGCGAUGCACGGCGGAGGACGACGACUCGAUCAGGAGGAAGAGGUCAAAAAGAAUAAAAAAAUAUAUUUCAUGUUUUAGAAAUUAAGUUUAAAGUCAAUGAACAGCUUUAUUAAAAUUUUGAAAAGACCAAAAAGGAUUUCAGAUCAUUCCUGCGAUUCGCCACGACGAUGCCGAAUGGAAAAUUAUUCAGCAGAAUACUUUUACUCGCUGGGUGAACAACCAUUUGCAGAAGUGCGGCGAGUCCAUUCAGAAUUUGGUUAGGAAAAAAGCCAUUUUGUUUUAAAUUUUUUACUUUUUAGGAGACGGACUUUUCUGAUGGUUUGAAGCUCAUCCAUCUGGCGGCUGCUUUGUCCCAGAAAAACGUGGGAAAAUUCAACAAAAAGGUAAUUUAUUGGUCAAAUACAGAUCAGGAGUCAUAUAUUUGCAGGUUAGCUUCCGGUCGCAGAAGCUUGAAAACGUGUCGUUGGCUCUGAAUUUUUUCCAAAAUGAGGAGAACAUUAAAAUUAUAAAUAUUGGUCAGAACUUUGUAAAUUUUUUAUGAUGACGAUUUUUGGUUUCAGAUAGCACCCACAUUGUAGAUCAUAAUAAAAAGCUUAUCCUUGGCCUUAUUUGGACCCUCAUUCUUCACUAUUCCAUCUCGAUGGGUUGGAUUCAGGUAGGAUAAUAGGAAGAAAGGAAAAAAAAAGGAAUUAAUUUACAGGAGAGAAACGAUGGACAACCGGAGGAGACGCCGAAGCAAAAAUUGCUGAAUUGGAUCCGAUCUCGUCUUCCCGGGGUACCUUUGUCCAACUUCACGUCCGAUUGGAACGAUGGAGUCGCUUUGGGGGCUUUGGUCCGUUUUUAUGUGUUCUCAAAAUGGUUUUUUAGAAAAAGUGGUCGUCAGACACAUACAAGAAGUUCGAAAACAAAAAAUGAAAAAAAAAUCUAAUUGAGUUAGAAAGUUGAAAGGACUUUUUUAAACGAAUUUAGAAAAAAUAAUGGAAUCUAGUGCGAUGAAUUUCUAAUUACGUAAAGUGGAAAAUAUUGAAGAGUUACGGAAUUUACAGUUUGUUUUGAACAAAAGGAAAAUGAAACGUGAAGAGUUUGUAUGAAACUAUUUUCCCGAAGUUAUUGUGAAAUCAAAAAGCGAACGUUUUUCGGAAUAGGAUGUUUUAAAGUUUAACUAGCAAAAGAAGAGAGAAAAAGAAAACAGAAUGUUUCAGGUCAACGCCUUGGCUCCAGGCUCACUGCCGGACUGGGAUCAGUGGUCGCCGAACGAAGCCCUUCCCAACACACAGAAAGCCAUGCAAACCGCUCAGGAUCUGCUCCAAGUCGCUCCGGUUUGAUUCGGAAGCUUUUCACUGCAAUAAAAAUGUACUUCAGCUCAUUGCCCCUGCCGAGCUGAUCCAUCCGGACAUCGACGAGAUGUCGGUCAUGACCUACCUGUCGCAGUUCCCGGCGGCCAGGUGAUUUGAUUGAAAAUCUUUGAAAUCGACGUAAUAAAAACAAAAAUAAAGAAAAUAGAAAUAGAAAUUAUCGUUUCUGAGAACUAAAUUCAGAAAUCGAGAAGUAAUAGCCCCUUUUUUUGGUUCUUUGAACUUCAGAAAACAAAUAAGUUAAGCUUGGUGCUAAUUUUUCCUUUUUCAACCAAUGAAUUCUUUGGAAGUCAUAAACAAGCUUUUUUGGGAGCUGAGUUUCUAUUUUUAUUUCUAUCCUCAAACUCAGAAAAAGAAGAAAGUUUUUGAAGCGUUACGUGAAAACUUUGUCUACGAGCUUUCGAUGUUUCAGACCGGUUGUGAUCAAGACGAAAGUCAGCGCGGAGUACAGGAACCUCGACGAACAUCCGCUCGUGGGAAAACCCACCGAGUUUCAAGUCAAACUGUCUCCUGAGGGUUACAAGCCUAAGGUGAGCGUUAAAUGAAGCAAUUUAGUGUCAGGGACUUUUAUUUUAAUUGCAGAAUUCGAUAAAAUUCCCAUUCUUUUAGCUGACUUUGCGCGACAACGAAGGGAAUGAAGUUCACAGCGCGAUGACCAAACUGAACGACGACUUUUUCAACGUCAAGUACACUCCGUCGCGCGUUGGACCAUUGAAUGUUUGUAUUUUACGGAUUUUUGGAAAGCUCUUGAAAAUCUCGAUUUUCGGAGGCUUUUUGGAAGUGUAUUAUUCCAGGUUGACGUUUCGGCCGUCGAGUCCAAGACGUUCACGGCGCAGUCGAUUCCCGACGCUUCGAGGACCAUUCAUGUUGGUUUCGGAUGUGAUAUUCCCUCAAAAAAUAGUUUUUAAGGUCCAACCUUUGGCUCGUCUUCUGGACUAUCCGAAGCGUGCUCACGUUGGCGACGAGUUGCGGUUUGACGUCGUCGACGCGAACGAAGGAGUCGUGGAAGCGGUUGUCGUCGACGCGACGGGAGUUGAUCAUCGUCUGCCGGUUCUUGGUACGUUUUCAAAGAUUCUCAGAACGAGAAAGUUGUAGUGAACUUAGUAUCACUGCUAUGAUUAGUAUAAUGAUUUUUACUUUUUAAAGAAAUAAUUUUCUUUUUAAGAAAUUUUUUUAAGAUGUAGAAUGACCAAGACAAAGAUAAAAAAAUUUUCAACAAUUCUCAGAGUUUUUAAAAAAAUUGAUUUUUCACUGUUUGGAACAAUGUCGAUUUGCUAAAAAGUUUUAUGGAAAUUUUCGAAUUGAUUUUAAGUUUUUUUAAGGCCGUUUUUCUUUACCUUUUUCAAACAAAACGUGACCGAAAACUGAUUAUCAUGGAACUUUACUUUGAUGAAUGGCUCUUUUUGUGAGUUCAAGGAGCUUAUGCGAAGAUUUAAGAUACUUCAAGCGGAGAGGGCCUUUUUUCAGAAUCUAACUCUCCCGGUAACUACAAUUUCCUGUAUACGGUCCCCAAUGCCGGUCUCCAUUCUCUGAACGUUUUCCACAGGAAAAACCACAUUGCUGGAAGUCCUUUCCCGCUUCGUGUCAAGGAGAAAAGUGAAUAGGAAAGAAAAACUCGAAAAAAAUACAAUUUUCAGACGAUUUCGAAGUUUGGGGCCGUGGAAUUUGUGCCAAUGGGGUUCGAGUUGGUGAUAAGGUUUUUAGAAAAGAUUAGGAUCGGAAAAAUGAAAGACAUUUCAGGUUCCUGUCCAUGUGCAGAGCAAUGAUCCCGAGGAGAACGUGGCCAACGCAAAUCUCCAGAUUCAUGUUGUUCAACGUGGGAGAUAGAAGUUUCUUGAGAGAUAGGAACAGUUUUUGUUCAGCCGAUGGAACUACUCUUCCUGUUUCGGCUGGAUUCGACGAAGAAGAUGGAAAACUGACUUUCGAAUAUUCGCCACAUGCUGUUGGAGAACAUGCCGUUACGGUUACGGCAGCUGGAGAAUUGGUCAAGGAACACAAGGUGCUAAAUACGAAGAGAAAAGAAGGAAAGACUCAAAAAUCGAAAUCUUAGCGUGAAGGCAACGGUAUUUAAAAAAAAAAAAGUAAAGUUGUUGAAAAAAAUAAGCAAAGUUUUUUUUUGAGAAGGUAGCUUAUGAUUGAUUUGAAAUUCAACUAAGGACCUGUGUUGAGUUCAAUUCAAAUUCACUUUUUGCUGUAUUCUGCCCCUGAAGGCUUAACAAGUUCUUCUUAACUGACAGAACCGCUUCGCUCAACGAUAAAAAAAAAGAGUUUAACUCAGGAAGCUUAUAAAGUAAAUGAUAAGCGGUGAAAAACAAUAUGAUUAUUAAGGUCGACGUUUCGCCGGCGACCAAAUCGAAGAUCCGCGCUUUCGGCCCAGGGCUUUGCGGUGGAAUCGUCAACGAACCCAGCGUUUUCCAUGUCGAGACGAACGGCGAAGCUGACAGCUUGGGUACAACAAAAACUAAUGAGAAACUGGAGAGAAGUUCAUUUUUUGCAGCCUUCUCCAUCGAAGGACCCAGCAAGGCCGAUAUCGAAUGCUCGGACCGCGGCAAUGGCGCCGCUCUGGUGUCUUACACGGUUGGUUUUGGCAAGACGAAUUUUGAAAUUCUUGAAAGUUCUAAACUUGAAUUGUCAAUAGUGGGAAAGUUAAAUUAUGAAAACAAUAUUUUUUUUUUGAAGAUGCUGAAGAUUGAGGAAGAAGAAAAGAAUAUUUGCAGCCAAAGCACGACGGCAUCUACAAGGUGAAUGUUUUGGCCGGCGGCGACCACAUCCAAGACUCGCCCUUCGUUCUUCGCGUCCACGAGGCCGACGACGCCUUUAAGCCGAGCGCGGCUCGAGUCACUGGAAUCGAGGAAAACAAACCGUAUCCCGUUGGCGAGAAGAUUCCUUUCCGCGUCGAUACUCGUCUUGUUGGAGGUACUGGCCUCUCCAGAAACGAGCUAUGGCCAUGUCUCGAGUCGGGAAAAGUAUUUUGAAAAAGGAGUCUUCAUUGUGAUCGUGCUUGUUUCUACCAUAAAUGUCAUGGUCGCGAAUCAGACCCAUUUUUUUCAUUCAUGCUUGUUAUACUUUCCGAUUUUUUCAAAAUUUUUUUGCACUUAGCGUCAUCGAUUCAGAGUGGUUGAAGGCUUUGGAAUCAUUAGAAAGUUCAAAAAUUAAGCGAUAGAUUUACUUGAAACCAAUGAUUCUCUUUUUCUCAAACUGGCAAAAGGCCGCCAAUGGCAGUGUUGAGUUGUUUUUUCAUUUAAAAUUCUUGAUGUUUUUCAAAAAAGAUAAUGCGCUUCUGCUUUAUUAUGCCCGUCCAAAUCUAGUUAAUUUUGCAGCCGAUGUUUAUCCAAAAGUCGCCAUCUACGACAAGAAUCUGCAUCCUCUCGCUUAUGAUUCUCGAGAGGUUUUCUGAAAUGAAAAAGCAAUAAAAAACAAAAUGUUUGGUUUUCAGAUAACCCCGGGGAUCUUCGAAUACGCUUUCCAGCCUAAAGAAGACGGAAAGUACAUUGCUGACGUCAGUCUCCGUGGAGUGGCUGCUCCAGGAGCGCCGUUUUUGGUGAGAAGAGUUUUUGGGAGAAAAAAUAAAUCGUUAUUCCUUUAGCUCAAUGUCAGUGAACCGGUGGAUUUGUCCAAGUUGAAGAUUUAUGGACCUGGUGUCGAGGGACCUGUUUACAGCCAGGUAAAAUUUUCAGAGGGAAAACAUGGAAAUAAUGAAUUUUGAUUGACAGAUUAUUUUUAUGACUUAGAAAACUGCAGUUUUUAGUUUCAAGCUGGUAGUUUAAUUUUGAAAGAGGAGAAUUGUGCUGUACAUAUAUGGAUCGUUCAAUUUUCGAAGUUUACUUUCAUAGUUAAAAAAAAUAGUUCAGAAAAUUUCCAUAAAAUCUUCGAACUUUCAACAUAACUCAAAUGUUUGAAGGAACCGACGCACUUUACUAUUGAUGCCAAACAAGCCGGACCUGGAGCUGUAGAAGUCGCCUUGGCCGACCGUUUCGGAGAAGCCGUUGAUAUUGACGUUUUGGACAACCGAGACGGAUCUUUCACCGUUAAAUACACGGCGCCCAAGCCCGGGGCUUAUCAGGUAAAUUCUCGUGGAAAAUAGGAAGUUUAUAAAUAUAAGAUAAUUUUUUUGGUUCAAAGACGUUUGUCAAAUUUCGUUUGAAAAAUGAUUUUUUUUUCCCCGAAACCCAUGUUGAUUUCUAAAAAAAAAGAAAGAAGACCUUUUGGAAUAUGAACCCUGAAAUCAACCAACGGAUUUUCCAGCUCAACGUCAUUUUUGCUGGAGACGAGAUUUCGCCGAUUGAAAUCAACGUGAAGCCUCGUGUUGACGUGUCAGGAAUCCGUGUCGAAGGCCUGGAGAAUGGUUUCUUUUUCGAAUAUAUUUACCGGAGAAUGAUUUGAAGAAUGCUGGAGUUUUUGUGGUUUUCCAUAACUUUAAUCAUUUGAUGUGGACUACAGAUGGCACGAUGAGUCCAUGGUUUUUAACAAAUCUGUGCGAAAAUUUCAAAAAAAAGUUCCCGUCUUGAAUAACUGCACACGAUUGCGUUACGUUCAACUUUAAAAAGAAUUUAUUUGAAGAUCUCAGAAAAAAGCUUCGUUUUGAUCAAAAUAUGAUUUAAUUUUGCGCUUGUGUUUUUAAAAACAUUUAUUCAGUUUUAUUAGAGUAUGAGAUGGAAUGCUGGUUGUUCUUAACAAGGUUAUUUUUAUUUUCGUUUCUAAUUGCUCGUUUUAUUUCAUUUUUUUUUUCCAUAACGUAUCCAUCAAUGUGUGUAGUAGAUUUUUUGAAUUUCUCUUGCAGUGUGUAUGGUUGGAUUUCGAUAUGAAUGCGGGGAAGUUGAGCCACAACUGAACUUCAAAGUUCAGUUUUUAAUAUUCCUCUUGAAAUAUUUCGAAUCGGUUAACUGUGGUUCAAUUUUUCGUGUUUUGUGGCCUUCACAUAUAAACCCCAUCCAACUGGAUGUUUUUAGCGAUAGUGACGGUGAACGUCGAAGAAAGAAGUUCACGUCUUCACGACAGACGGCGAGAACACGAGGAUCGUCAUCACGGCGCCGUCCGGACGAGUCGUCGAGGCCAUCAUCGAGUCGACCGAGACUGGAUUCCGUGUCCGCUUCACGCCUUCCGAAAUCGGCGACUACACCAUCGACGUCACCUACCAGGAUAUUCCCAUCGACGAAGCUCCGUUCACAAUGACAGCGGUGCCAGAAGACGGCAUUCCCUCGAACUCCGUUGCAGAAGCCGAAUACGUCGUCAGCGGAACUGGACCCGCUUGUGCAGGUCUGGUCACCGUGACGGGUCCUGGUCUCGGACCUUUGGUCGCUCAAAGACCUACCCACGUCGCCAUUGACACGACUCGCGCCGGCUUUGGCGACAUCGAUUUGUUCGUCGAUGGACCAACUCGCACGCCGCUGCACUGUGUAGAUAAUCAGGAUGGAAUUCUGACGAUGCGAUUCACGCCAAAGACACCUGGAGUGUACUACCUGCGCGUGAUGUUCGACAACGAACACGUACCCGGCAGCCCGUUCCAGAUCGUGGCGGUAGCUCCAAUCCUUGGAUCGCCGUCGUUUUUGUCGUCGGACCGCGAGAAGACUGAAAGUCCAUUUACGUCGAUUUCCAGCGGAUCUCCGACUCCACAAACAGCUCGGUGUGUCUGAAGGAUGUGAUGAACGGACUGGUUACGGGUGUCGACUAUAUGGAUCUCUGCUUCACACAUUUGCCUCAAGAUUGUAUUAUAUAUUCGUGUCCAUAGAAAUUUUCGCCAUGUUGAAUAAAAAAAUUUUUGAAAUUUUCUUUUUUUAUAAACGUGUAAAGUUUCACAGGGGGCUUUGGAAACAGAUGGAGUUUUCCAUUUCGAGGUUCUCAAUAGUGAGAAGUUCAGUGAGAUCCUAUACGUGGUUCUAUACAAAACUUUAUAAUUUUACUGUAAAACUGGGGUUGUCAAGAUCGUAAUCUAUCAAUCAUUCAUUAAUCAUUCAGCCAAUUUUUCUGAGAGUUCCGAUGUUUCUAGUAUAAUAAUGUCACUUGAAAGCUUGGAGGGUUUUUAAAGAUCUAGGUUUGAAAAAAAAAAAGAACUAUACAAAUAAUCUUGUUAGGACGCAAGCUUUUUUUUCAGAUAUUUCAUAUAGAACUUUUGAAAAGCUAUCAUUCAGCUACAGUUUUUGAACAUCUUAUUGAAAUAACUGCUCCGAGUCAGCAUUUCAAGUACUUUCCAAUGAAUGGAAUUGGAAAAACUAGAGAAAUUGCAUGCAUUUCUGUUUGAUGUGUCAUUUUCCAGGAAAAGUUUUGGCUGGAUCCCGCUUGAAGCCGAAAGUCGACCUGUGCGGACUUGAGCCCGAAGGCAAAGGCCUGGAAUUGACUGAUGAGGUCAACGGAAAGCUCUACUCGGUCAAACUCAACGAAAAGCCUCCUGGCGUCUUCUCCACCAACAUUCCAUUGGCUCAAAUUGAUCCCAAAGAUGGAAGGACUCGACACGAUUUCAAAGUGCAUUUUUGUGAAAUACGCGUUUAUUUACCUUGAUGUUUUGCGGUUUGCGGGUUGGAAUAACCAUUUUCAGCUUCAUUUCGACGACGUUCUCGUGAAAGAAGCCAAGAUCGACGUCGUCGACGGAACUGACGUCAACAAGUGCGAUGUUCAGGGCGACGGUCUCAAAGAAGGCGUCGUCGGCGAGAUUUCUUCCUUCCACGUUGACCUUGAUGUGAAUUCAUUCAGCUUAUUCAAACAUUCAUCGUAUUUUGUAAUAGAGAAAACAUUUUGUGAGGGUAAGUUGAAAAAAAGAUUUUUAUCCAAAAAGAAGCUGUACACGAAGUAGUUAUGAAAAAAAUUGAGAUUUGGAAUCGUUAAAUUUUUCUCAAAAAGGUGAAAAAAAUGAAACUUUUUUUCAAGGAUCAAGAAGUUUUAAUCAUACUGGAAAGUUUUCAGAAAUAAAUUUAGAUGUCCUUUAAAGGAAGUGGAAAAUCGAUUAUUCAACCAAAAUAAUGAAUGUAGGGCGCUGGUUCUGGAGAGCUGAACGUCGAAAUCAAAGGACCUUCGAAGGCAGACCCGGUUGUCCGCGACAAUGGCAACGGAACUUGCUUCGUCGACUAUUGCCCGACUUUGCCUGGCAACUAUGAAGUCGGCGUUCUGUUCGGCGACAAGGAGAAGCAGCACGUCAAGGGUUUCAGAAUUGUCCGCUUUUCAAAGACACUCCUCACCUUUUAAGGCUCACCCUACCAUGUCACUGUGGAUCAUCCGAAGAACAUCGAUGCCGUGAAGGUUGAUGGACUGGAUAACGCGAAAUGUCGUGUUGGAGAGCCCAUCUCGUUCAAAGUUGACGCGUCUCACACGAAACUGGCUCCGGUUACUGCCAGGACCUUGCCGAGUUUGGAAAAACAGCGAAAAUUGUUCAAUCUAUCCUUUCAGUCUAUCAACAGCCAAUCAUUGAGCAGGACCCGAAGAACCCUAGAGUUUUCUAUGGAAAGUUUGUUCCGAUCGGCGAUGCUGGCGUCAACGUACCUAUUGAAGUUCUAUGUGAUGGCGAGCCGGUGCCUGGAAGGUUGUGAAUGAUUUUUUUAUGGCUUUUGUAAAGGAGUUCUAUUGCAUCUGAAACGUUUCUACUUUGGACCUUUUUCAGCCCGUUCCCGGUUCGACUGCUUCCUGAAACCGAGCCGGAGAACGUCAAGUUCGGAUCUUACGGAAGUGACGUCGUUCAGCAUCCGGUGGCCUCCAACGACGCCGUCGUGGAGGUCGACACGAGGGAUUGUGGUGUCGUCAAGGAUGUGAGAGCCGAAGUUGUGGUGAGUUUCUGGAAAAAUCUUUGAGAGGAAAUUCCGGUUAUCUAGUUUUGAUAGAUAUACAAAGUGCAAGGCAUUACAAAAAUCAGUGAAACUUCACCUAUCAAGUGAAUUCGUCCAUAACACUAUUCCCAUUUGUCUCGCGCUCUGAAAGUCUCUUUUUCACAAUCUCCACAAGUAUCUUUGCAAAUUUACCAAUCUAAAAACAGAAAAGCUUUCCCUGUCACUGGAGUUUGAGUUAUUUCUCAUAGGGACCUGACGGAAAGCCGAGGAAGACCUCGCUGACGCCUUCGAAGACCCCAGGCGUCAUCGAUCUGACGUGGCCGACGGAUGUUUCUGGCGAGUACUCGGCCACGGUCUACAUCAACGGCAAGAAGGUUCCGCAGACCAUUUUCGUAAACGCGACCGUCGUUGGCACCAAAAGCGACGUCGUUCCGGCUGGUUUGUUCAAAGGAUCUUUUCUUUUAAAACAUGGUGUUUCUAGCCCAAUUGGCUUGUCGCGAAGUUGUUCUUGAUGAGCCGAUCCACGUGUCUUAUGUACAUCCUGGCAGGGAAAAAGCCAAUUUUUCGAUCGUCGCUCAGCGUCCAGACGCUGUCAAGUGCGGUAAGCUUUAGAUCUGGUUAUAUUAUAAGAAAAAAAUGUUUAAAAAAAGAAUUAUUUUAUGGAAUUUUAAAACUUUCAAAUAAGUCUAGGUAAAUGGUCAGAAUUGGGAAAAAUUCCAACACAAGUCAUGUUUCAAAAACUUUUUUUCUUAGCCUUGAAAAGCUCGUUAUUUAUUAGAGCUUUACGCAGGUACUAAAAAUAGUGUGUUCUGUGGAUUGAAAUUUUACUUCCUAAAUUUUUUCUUGGAAUAAUUAGUUGAGAGAUUUCUCCACUACACAUCAAGAUUUCAGAAUCAUAUCGGAUCAUAAAAAAAUAGGUCAUUUAUCAGUUUUUAAUUUAGGUAAGUUUUGAAACUAGCUAAUUUGUUCAGAUAUCCGUCGAAGCAGGGAUCCGAAGUCGGGCGAUGUGAAGGAAGAACUUCUGAUUCAUCCGACGAAGGAAGGACCCAAUGUUCUGGAAGUCUACUACGGAGGAAAUCACGUCGACACGAUUGAAUAUGACGUAAAUUUUCAAAGAAUUUGGAAAAAAGCCAGCAAUUUUAGACGAGAAAACGGCCUUUUUAGAUAAAUUGGAAGUAAUUUGAGAGAAAACGGUUUCUAUAAAAAAAUAUCGACGAUCUUUUGAAAAAUAGUUUUGCGUUAAGUAAAACGAAGAGACAAUUGAAAAACAAAAUAGGUAGUCAAAAAAAUUUUUUCGACUAUGUACGAUAAAAAUCGCCUAAUUUUUCCAGUUGAACGGUCCCGAACUUUUUGUAACUCGUUUCGAGUAGCUAAUUCAACGCUUUUUAGUACUCAAUUUGAUUUUCGUCCAUCGACCUCCAAGUAGAAAUAAAAAAGAAAAGAAAAUAAGACUGGUUUUUGAAAGUGCGCAACAUUUCCGCAGGGAAAUUUUGUUCUUUUCAUUGAUUCUCGACGGUUUGUAUGGCGCCUGGUCGUCAGUCGUUUCACGACAACAACAACAGUCCCGCCUUUUAUGGUCUUUUUGUUGAUUCUGUGGAAUUUCUUUCCUCAUUUUAAAAUUUUCUCAUUUCUUCAAAUUUUGAAAUUUUUGAAUUUAGAAAACCUCGAAUUUGGUAAAAUAUUUAGAAUCGAGAUGAGUUCAACAUAUGCUCUUUUUCAAUUUUCAAACUGAGAUCCUGUUCUCAAAUGUUUUGUCUUUUCUGACCUCGUCUUUUUUUUAAAUGACCUUUUUGCUGGUUAGUCACUUGAAAACGCCCACAUCGUCACUUUGAUUGAUGGAAAAUGUUAUUAUUGUGGAUAGGUGAUGGAAAAGGGUAGAAAAUUUGUCGCUUUUUUUGACAUCUAACUUGAGAUAAACGCAUGAGUGACAACAAUGGGAGAAGAUAAAAAAAUAAGAGAUUUUCAUUUGUUUUUUAAUUUAAAAAAAAUGGUAAAGCUUGUAAUUUACUUUCAGCACCAUGAUAAUCUUAGAAUUUUAGUAAGAGUCAAAAACCUUCUAUCAAAAUAACGUUAGAUCUCACUGAAACCUCAUUAAACUAUGCGAAGCGGGUAAAUAGUUUGGCCGUGUUGGUGUUGACGGGAGGAAACAUUCAAACAUUCACACUUGCCUGCACUCAAAUAUACGAGGCAGGAGAGGAGAAAAUGAAACGGGCGAAACGAGGAUUUGGCCUGCGGCGUUUUGGCCAAUGGCUAUUCCGCUCGUUCUCACUGCCUCUAUUAUCGACUAGUUUCUUCUUUUUUCACGUUGGCUCUCGGCCAAAAUCAAAAGCAACCAGCUUUUUGCACUCUUCAUUUAGAGUAUUUUUUUAAUUGGACAUGCUUCUUUCGUUUUUUUGGGUUGUUCAUGACGUCAUUGAACAGCUUGAUUGAGUUAGGGAUAUUUUCAUUUGUUUUUAAUCUACGAAAAACUAAUAUUUCAAUUUGUUCUUUCUGUGAAAAACGAAAAAAACAGAAUUUUUUUAUGAAGAUUAUUUAAUUUCAUUAAGUAGUUUUCUUUUUAUAAGUUUUCAAACCCUUGAUGUGUGCCCGCUUUUUCAGUUGUUUUGAAAAAAUUCUUCUAGCUGACAGCCGCCUUUCCUUGUGUUGGUCAGCUGACCGAUUGGAAGAUUUAAAGAUUACGUUUGGCUCCCAAAAUAUCAAUCAAGAUUUAUCUUGAAAGUUUGAAAGUUUAAAAGUUCGUAGAAUGCUUGAGUUGCUGACAUUUCUGCACUUCUUGAAACUCGUAAACUUUUUCACAUGCUGUAUUUUCAACGUGUGUUCAGAAAUGUUAUAUUGACACAUGUGUUCGAGAAAAACGAGAACUCUGUUUAUUGCAAGGUCGAGGAGAAGUGCAUUUUUAAAGAACUCAGUUUGAAAAUAAGCAAAAAUUUGAAAAGAUAUAAUAUCAAACGAAUUUUCAUUUCAAAUUACAAAUAAGGAUUUUGAUAUUCGAAUUUUCAAAAAAUCACGAAUUAUGUACACAAGGUAGCGCUGCCAGAGGGCUGAAAAGUGUGAACGAAUGAAAUACAUUUUCCGAAAGGUUUUGGAAUCUUCUACUGCGAGUAGAGAUGACUAACUUUAGAAUUUCAAAAAAUCCUUGUAUCGAAGAUUCGUUUCGAAAAAGUUCAAAAAUUCAUUUAGUUUCGAAUAAUAAUGUUGAUUUUGAUGGCUGCUCUGGCUCUGCCCUGUUUGUUUGUUUGCCUCGGCUACCUGACACCAACCUUUUCUCAGAACAAAAAAAAACGUGAAAAGUCAUGCUCUCUACUAGAAUGUGACCCCUCUGCUUAACUUUUGUUGGAACUUUUUUUUCAAAGUUGGCGCCUGUUUAGUCGUAGGUGAAGCCAAUGGAAGGAACGCAGACAGUUGUUGUGGGGACGGCUGCCGGUAUAGAGAUCUAUUUUUCUGGCCAGCCUGGCGGUUUUUUGCUUUUCCCCUCUUGCAUGUUGUUUACAUCGGCGCCAAACGUAUCACUCACGCCUCGGAGCACGGUCAUUCGCCUCGGAGCGAAGUUGGAUUGUCACGUAGACUCCUCGAUGAGGAUCAGGAUAAGGGAGAGAAAGUCGAUUGAUCAGUCUCGAAUUGAGCUGGGAUGGUUGAUAUUUUCAUUUUGUUAGAAAUCAUUUUUUUUUUUACCAGCUUUACUGUUGAAAAAGACAGAUUAGGAUUGGUCUAUCUAUCACACUUAAAUAUCCAAAAAAAAAGAAGUUAACUAGAAAAAACCAGAUUUCAAAAAAAAAAAAAAUUCAAACUGAAUAAUUAUCUCAAUGGUGUUAUAUCGUCCUUAAUCUUGAAUUGGAUAUUGCGAUCAUCAUUAUCAACUGGAAUUACAGACUCUAUCGAAGAGCCAAUACGACGAACUCGUCAACAAGAAAGCUCGUGCCGACGACGUUGAGCAGUACGAGAAGCGCUACGAACAGGUUUUCUUCAUCAAUCUUUUUCAUUAGCUUUUGAAAUUUAUCAUGAAUCUCCGAUUUGUAGAUCUAAUUACUGAGAAAAGUUGAAAAUAUUCAUUGAUAACUUUUUGUUGCCGUUGCACUGAACAGAAUUUUUUUUUUCUCGAAUAGUUGAAUUGAAAAUAAUUAUAGACACAGGAAAAAGACAGCUGAUAGAAAUAAAGUUUUUAGGUCGGUUUUUUGUUUGCAAGACCUUCUUCCAAAAAAAUUAACCUUACGCGGUUCGGUCAAGAUUUGUUUUUCAGCCAGUGCUCGGAGAAGCGGUCGUUCCAAACGGUAGCAGUCCGCUCAGGAACGGGAGCAGCAGCAGCCACAGCAGCAGCAGCGGCGACGUCGAUCCCAAAGCCUUGUUCCCUCGCGAGUUUAAAGUAAGCGGCCGAAAAGUCAAUCUUCUGUGCCGUGUGUUUUCUUGCUUGUGUGUGUUGUCUUUUUCGCUUCCUGGCCUUGUUUUUCUUCCAUUGGGUCGUCGUUCACUCUUUGUCGGCCUCGAGGAGAUCUGCCGUGCUGUCGUCGCCGGCUUUUCUGAAUUUUCAAGCUUGUUUUCUGUUCUUUGAAUUCAAAAAAAAAAAAUGAGAUUGUAGUGAUCGGAGUCGGUGAAGUCGAUAAAAUUAAUAAAAUUUUUUUUUGAUUACUAAGUUAGCGACUAAAUUUAAAACUUUAUCCUUUCUUUUUUUGCGUAGACCACAUUUUUCAACCUGCGGAAAGUACGUUUCUUGCAUAUUGUUAAGUGAUUCAUUCUAUUUUCUUUUUCAUUAGUUCGUAUAUUUAAUUUCGUACUUCACGACAGAAGAAAGGCUUUUUUAACACUUCACGAUAUUUUUUAAAAAAAUCUUUCAGAAAUAUCAGUGUUAAAUCAAAUCUUUCGGCUUCCUAUCACGAGAUAACUUUUGUGUCAUCAAUCUCUGUUGCCUCCAAGAACCACCACGAAAACAUCCUGGAUCACAUUUUCUUUCUAUUUUUUUUCAGUUCAAUCUCAGUGAAGACUCGAACAUCCGCGUUUCGCAGUUGGAAGCCAUCGUGAUGCCGCCCUCGAAGAAGCAGGAAGCCGCGGAAAUUAUCGACAACCAUGAUGGUCCUCCAAAACUUCAUUUUGAAAGAACAAUGGUUUUGUUGUAGGAACGAUUUUGGUGAAGUACUCGCCGAAAGUUUUCGGAUCUCAUGAGCUGUCCAUUCUGCAGAAUGGAGCUCAACUUCAGGUGAAAAAAGGAUAUCAAGGAAACUCGUGUGGAAGAGAACAAUCUGCGGAAAAGAAAUAAGAGCAAAAAAGUCUCAGAAUUUUGGAUUUGAUUUUUUUGAACUAAUUCAUUCACGCUUUACUGAUAAUCUAGAGGACAGCCAAAAGUUUUUCAAAAAUGUUACAAGUUCUAUAUUCGAUUAACAAUUUUCGAGAUUGAUUUGCUCUAGGGAACGCCCAUCAAGUUCUUCGUGGACUCCUACGGUGACGGCUACGCUACGGUCUAUGGUCCAGGCCUUCAAAACGCUGUUGUAAGGAAAUUCCUGAUGUUUUUGUUGAUGUUUAUUGUUUCAAAAGCUUCAAAAACCAGCUGAAAUUGGAUCUUCUAUUUUGUCAGGUCGGAGAGCCAGCGGCGUUCACGGUUUGCGCCAAGGGAUCGCACGCCAAGGAGGUCUCGGUGAGCAUCGAAGGACCUGCUCAGAGCGCCAUCAAGAUCCACGACAACAAGGUCUCGAAUGGAAAAGUUUUGGCUAGAAAUGAAAAAGAGAUGGAAAAAAAGUUUUUUUAGGAACUUAUUGUCGAGAAAAAAAUAAAAAAAUAAAAAUGGCUGUUCCAGAAAAAAACAUGUUGUGUCUGAAAAAAAUUUCGAAUUUCCAUAAUGGUUGAAAUUCUAAUUUUUCAAGCUUAAAUUGAAGAUUUCAAAAAAAGUCAUGUGAGUGUUGAUCAGAAUACGUUUUCAAGGCGAAAUCUUAUUAUCCGUGUUCUCAUAUCGAAAUUGUGUUCCUGCCAGAUUCCUGGAAUUUUUGGUUUAGCUUAAAAAUAAAAUUCUAUUCACUUCAUGGGUUUGAUCUGACUCACAAGUAUUGAUCUUUAGAGAAGAUAUUUACAAGUUGACCGAGCCGAAUUCCUUCAAUAUACUCUUUCAGGAUGGCACGUGCGCUGUUACCUGGGUGCCACCAGUCCCUGGAGAGUACAAGGUUCACGUUCUUCUGGGAGGAAAGGACGUCCACGACUCGCCGUUCACUGUCCUUGUGAUGGGCGAAGGACAGGUCCGGGACUUUCUAAUGUUAAUUCAAUCGGGAAAAUUCGUUGGACGUUAAAAAUCUACGUUGAAAAAACGCCGGUUGGGAGCAGUGUUAUUAAAAUCAAUUUUUUUAAAUCCUUAAGUGUAUGAAUCCUGAAAAAAGAAGAAAUUUUUCAGAUGAAUGGAAAGAGCAAAGUUAGUGAGUUUUCAAUAUUGUUAUGUUUUGAUGUUGUGAUGUUCAAAAAAAUAAUUUUCAAAAAAUUUUUGAAACCGAAGAAAAUUAUAUGUUUUUGAAUUUCAUUUUUCAUAAGAAUCUAAAGCGUUUUGGUGUCUCAAAAAAGAUUGUAUGUUUUCUUUGCAGAAGAGAGCUCAUCUGUCCGUCGGAUCCACCUCCGAAGUCGCUCUGAACAUCGCUCAAGGCGAACUGAAGGGCAUUUCGGCGUCGAUCAAGUCGCCCUCCGGAAUCGAAGAGCCGUGCUUCGUUCGCCUCAUCGACGGCGGUCGUCUCGGAGUUUCUUUCACUCCUCGCGAAGUCGGAGAACAUCUCAUCACCGUCAAACGCGACGGAAAACUCGUCCCGAAGGCUCCUUUCAAAAUCAAGGUUCAGUUCAGAAGAGAAAGAUUAAAGAACCGCGGCUUUUCUUCAGGUCGACAAGAAUCAAGUCGGUGACGCUAGCAAGGUCGAAGUUUCUGGUCCUGGAAAGUCGAAGGCCAUUUCCCUGCAGCCUAAUGAAAUCCUCAUUGAUACCACGAAAGCUGGUAUAGUAAAAAGGGAAGAAAUGGCUCUGAAGGAAGAUUUAAGGCUAUGGUGGCCUUUCGAUCUCAGUCCAAGGCCCGUCGAAGGCCGAAUUGACUUGCAAGGAAGUCAAGGCUGGGCUCAUCAAGGUGUGUAACAGGAUAUUCAUUUUUUUAUAGGGAACAGAUUGUUUUUUUCUCCUGUUUGUGUGCCUUUUUCCAAACAAAUUCUUAUGGUUUCACUCGAACUUUGAAAUUAGUAUUUAUAUGUUUAGAAAAAAAGAGUUUUUGAAAAAAAUAGUCAGUUUUUCUAACUUUCUCAAGCCUUAUUUCAAAAUAGAGGAUGAAAAUGAUUCAAUUUUUUUUCAAAUUGACACUUUGAAUUAAUGUAUUGAGAUGCCAUAACUUGAAAAUUUCUACGAAUACAAAUUGUUUUAAGGUCAUCUACACGCCAACUGAACCAGGAGUUUAUGCGAUUGCCAUCAAGUUUGCUGAUCAUCAUGUUCGAGGUUUGGAUUCAAAGUUUAGAAGUUAUGAGGGAGAAACGUUGUCCUUUUAGCUAACAACGGAGAUUUUUUCUCAGAUUCUUCUCCUUAUCAUCAUGUGCAAAACCAUUCUUUUUUCAGACAGCCCGCUGACGGUCAACUGCUCCGGAAAGGGAGCCGGUCGAGUUGUGGCGAAUGUCUCGCGCCGCGUCGAGCAGACUUCGAUGAGCCUUCCAGGACAGGAAUCUCUCAUGUUCCUCAAGCUUCCGAACACCUCGCCGAUGGACAUCAACGCCAGAAUCAUGGACCCGAAAGGCCACAAUGAAUUCAUUGAGAUGCGCGACCUCGGAGAUCAGUACUAUCAGAUCAGGUAUGCGUCGAACAGAUGAGUCUGAAGUAGGUAGACACUUUCGAGAAAAAAAGGUGAUCAUCUUUUCGAGGAAGAUACGGCAAUUAGAGACUAUCCCUGAUCGAAUGCGAACGACUUGAGAAUGAAUGUUGAAAAGUAGGAAUGAAUCGUGAAGUUCGUAAGUGUAAAUAGAAAAGAAAAAGUUCACGGAUGUGCCGAGUUAUUUAACGUUUCAAAGUUUUAUUUCAAAAAUGAGAAAGUAAAGAAUUUUGUGAGUAACCAUUUACCAAACUCAACUUCUUAGGGAAGGCUUAAACUUUUUUGGAGAGAAGAUGUAGCUUUCUUAAAAUAAUUAUCGACUUGUGUUAUUAUUUGCGAGUUUUCAGUUUGAGAAAUUGACUACGAAGGAAACAAACAAUAUUUAAAGAUUCACGCCGUCGAUGGAAGGCGUUCACACGCUCUCGGUGAUGCACAAAGACGCCCACGUGAACGGAUCGCCGUUCCAGUUCACCGUCGGAUCCUUCAACGAAGGAGGCGCCCACAAGGUGUCGUUUUGCAAAACUCGAGAAGUCUUAUUCAAUGUUUCUAGAUGUUUGGUUUCUGAUUAGUAACUUUGAUCAGCAAGAUUGAGUUGAAUUCAAGAAAUUUUACACAUAAAUUUUUCAAAUUGAAACUUAAGGUCCGCGCGGCUGGGCAGGGAGUUGUCCGUGGCGAGACUGGCCACAAGAACACUUUCAACGUCUAUUCGCGAGAGGCCGGUCCUGGAAAUCUCAGCGUGACUGUCGAAGGUCCGAGCAAGGCCAACAUCGAGUUCCACGAACAUAAGGUCCUUUUCUGACGAAGUAAACCGUUCAGGAAGUAAGAAUUGUAGGAUGGAAACUGCCACGUCGAGUACAAAGUCGCCCAGCCUGGAGAAUACAUCGUCGCCGUCAAAUUCAACGACGGCCACAUCCCUGACUCUCCUUUCAAGGUGAUUAAAAUAUCGAAAGAAAAUAAACCGAAAGUUCAGGUUUUCAUCGCCCCAGCCACCGGCGAAGUGCGAAAGUUGGAGUUGGCGUCGUUCCACGACCAGGGAAUUCCCGUCGGGAAAGCCUUCACCUUCACCGUUCUCACUCAUCGCGCUAAGGGACACCUCGAAGGAAAGGUUUUGGCUCUCUGCCAACGAUGAAAAAAUGUCGUUUAUAACAGCUGGUGGCGCCGAACAAUGAAAUCGAGACGAUCGACAUCGUGCCGAUCGAAGACGGCGAGAGCUACGCUUUGCGAUUCGUGCCCAAGGAGGUGCAGUUUCAGAAAAAUAAAUUUUCUUUUGAGAAGACAUCAAAUAUUGCAAAAGUUUAUCGUUAUUUGAGAGGGAAAAAGCUUGGAAAAAAAUAAUGAUACUGUAUUUUCAGUGGCAGAGAAUGAUAAUUUCUUCAAAAAUCAUAUAAAAUAACUCAAAAAUAGAUCUAUCUUCCCCUUAUAACUUUGUAUCCUCAAUAAGAUCUUUCCGUUUCUCAGACCGGAAACCACUACAUUCACGUGACUCUCGACGGAGCUCCGAUGCGCGAUUCGCCGUUCCGCCUCCGCGUCGGCGGCACUGACGUUUCCGAUCCGACGGCCGUUUCGGCAUCCGGCGAAGGUCUCGUCAAGGGAGCCACUGGACAGGUACGAAAUUUGUUUCUUGAACAACUAACUGAAAAAUAAUCCUUUCGAAAAACAACAACAGGUGUUCUUUUUACGAUGAGUUGUAACUCUUACUAUAUAGUUUAUUGUUUGGAGAAGGCGAUGAUGUAACUGUUAGGGAAAAAAUAAAGUAGCCCUGGUUGGAAAGGAUGUCGAUGCGAAAAAUUAUAUAAACUUUCAAAUGGAAUUUUGAAUCGAUUACCAACCCGUGUAGGUCAUUGUUCCAAACAAAAGCGCUGCAAUCGAAAAAAAAAAAUCAGGCAACCUCAAGAAACUUUUAAAAACCUUUUUUUUCAGAAAUGCGAGUUCAUCAUCUCAACGGUGAAUGCUGGCGCCGGAAUCCUUCAAGUUCAAAUGGAUGGUCCCAGCAAGGUCACCCUCGAUGCAUAUGAGGUGGAGAGAGUGUUUAUCUAUUUGAAACUUGAUUUCGUAAUUUUUAGCUCGAAAAAGGCUACAAAGUUCGAUACACGCCGCUGGCGCCUGGAGAGUACUUCUCAUCUAUCAAGUAUAACGGUUAGUUUCAAGGAAAUAUUGAGGAAAGAAGAAAUCAUGUGAAAAACAGAGAUUUUAAAUGUUUUCCAUACUGUUGAGCUUGAAAGGGCCGGGUCUGAAACAUCCAAAACUUUUCAGGUGUUCAUAUUCCUGGCUCGCCGUUCAAAAUCCCUGUCGAAGGCAAGGUGCUCGGUGGCAACGGCUACAACGAGACGUCGUUCGUGAAGAUCGACGCGCUCUCGAAGACGCUGACGGGAACCGUCGCCGUCGCUCCAGAAUACCACGGAGACGCGAGCAAAGUCACGGCCAAGGGUGCCGGCCUCAACAAGUUCUUCCCCGGAAGACCAGCCGCCUUCCAGAUCGACACCGGAUUGGCUGGUGGGUUUCGGCUUUUGAGAAAGUUACACAAAACUAUGAUUGAAACAAAAAAAAAGAGAUUACUCUCUGCCGCUAGUUUAUAAUUUCUGAGUUUCUGAUGAAUUUCCAAAUUUCACUUUUAAGAUAGAAUUAGAUCUGGAAUAAAUACUUUGUUGUUUAUAAAUUCAUUUUUUAAAAACUAGAAUUUUGCGUACGUAGGGUAAUAACUAUAAGUAAUCUUCAUCUAAAACUUCAACAGUUCCGAAAAAUUUAUGAAAAAUCCCAACUGCAAAGUAAAAUUACGUUAUUUGUUGGGGUUAUUUACCAUGUAAAAUAUGGAUGAUCUGAUCUAUUUUUGAUUUCGCGAUUCAGUCUGAUAAAGACUUAGAGGUACCCUCAAAUUACGUCUUACUCGGGGAAAAAGAAGCUCUUCAGGCCAAGACCUGCUGAUGGUCGGUGUGGUGACGGCGCGCGGCCCCUGUGAAGAGGUUGUGGUCCGACACCAAGGCAACGGCCAGUACGUCUGCACCUACCGAGUCCCCGACCGCGUCAAGGGCUUCGUCUUCAUCCGCUACGGCGACCAGCAAAUCCCCGGCUCUCCGUUCGCCAUUCACCCUUGA